AUGGAAUCCACCGGCAACUCAUCCGUCUCCGGCGAUCGCAAAGCCAGCAAGAAGACCGUCGCCUCCUCUGUGACUGCGAAACCAAACGGGAAGUCCCCUGUUUCGUCUACCAAUCCGAUGAACCCAAACACUGUUACCGCUCUGUCCUCCGCGCAUGCAAACCAAGUGAUGUUCUUCAGAGAUGUUUCACUCGGCCCACGCGAAGCCGAGUUGAGGUUUCGUCUGAUUCACUUAUGGGAGGCUCGAAAUAUAUACACGAAAACCCUGCUUGGACAAGAGAUGCUCCUUAUCGACGAAGAGGGAACUGUUAUUCAAGGUUUUGUUCCAGCCGGUCGAGUAGGGACAUUUGAUCUGGUAGCUGGUUCCGUCUAUAAGCUCCGCAAUUUUUUCGGAUCCAGGAACAAAGCUCAGUUCUCGGUUGCUGAUCAUAUCGCCAUUGUCUCAUUCAGUUGGAAUUCUGAUUUAUCUGUUCUUGAGAACCCUCCGGUUCUGAUUCCAGAAGACAGGUUCAGGUUCCACAGCUUCGAGGAGUUUAUGGCCAACUGUGAUUCCAAGGGUGAUCUUUACGAUUAUGUUGGCCACAUGAGGCUGGUGAAUGGGCAGACUCUCACUGACCAUACUGUUCUUGACGAAGUUGCCAUAGCUGAGAAGCGGCAUCUAUGUGUUCAUGUUCAGACACAUGAGACCCCACACGUUCUUUUGGCCACCACAGUGAACCCUAAGCAUCUUGGAGGAACUCUUUGUCUCACUUUUAUGUCAUCAUCUCGAGUGUUCAUGGAUGACGAUGUUCAGCCUAGCAAGGAUUACUUUGAAUGGUUGAGCUCCAACACAGGUAUUGCUAAUAUGAUUGCUGCUGAGGUAGUCACAAAGCCUGAGCCAGUGACUCUUGAGGAGCUAUUCUCCUACAUUAAGCAGGAAGCUUCUAAGGUUGCUUGGUUUGAAUGCACAGCAACUAUAGAUGAUGUUGUUCAGGGUUCUUCUUGGUAUUAUGUUUCUUGCGGUGGAUGUAAUAGUAAGGCAGUUAAAGGCCCUACUUCUCUGAUGUGCAACAACAAGAAGUGUGAGAAGAGUGAAGUCACAUGCGUGCCUCAGUAA